AUGGCUGGUGGAGGCAACGUGUCUGAUGAGAAGACAACAGAGACCCUGAUCAAGAUGGUAAUUGAGGAAGAGCCGCAAGACAUAAUAGAAGUAAAGAAUGAGCAGAAGAAAUCGGUUGUGAAGAAGGUGUUCGCAUUGGUCCGCAAAAUUGGUGACAAACUGAAGGAUGACAAGGAGAUCCAAGAUGAGAUAAAGGGGAUUGCACAAAACUUCCAGCAGGGCGGAGUUGAAGAUGCCAACCAGAUGUUAUAUGAGAUGUUUAAGGAGAUAUUUCAGGAUGGCAUCACCUGGGAGAAGAUUGUUAUUUCACUUUAUGUUGGUGGCAAGGUGGCAGGCAGAAUAGGCAUAAUGAAGGCUGUGUGUCAGUCAGUGAAGCUGGUCCUGAAUUGGAUUGUGGACUUUUUCAGUAAUAAUGUCCUGGGCUGGAUUCGGGAACAAGGAGGAUGGAUCUGCUGUUGUGUUCAGUCAGAGGAGGACUCCAGCACCGAGGAGGACUCCAGCACCGAGGAGGCCUUGUAA